AACCUAACUUUCAUGUUUAUGUGCCACCCUGUUCAAUUCUUCAGUAAAUAAACAUCUAAAACGUGACAUUUUACGUCUUAAAAUAACUCAUUUUGCAUACAAGGUUUGGCAGUUGCGGUAUCAGAAGCCUAAUGACAGUAAAACACACACAAAACAGAGUACUGGGAAUUUUUCCACUACAAUCAAAUUGCAUAAAUAUAUAUAAAUCCACAGGCAAUAUUACUGGAAUCGUUUUCUUCCUAGUCACCAGAAUGAGGAACAGGGGCUUCAUGUCCAUUUCUAUGUCCUUUUAGGUGUAGCAGGAAACUCCCUCUUAUCUGAACUCCUGACAAUAGCAGAGCUGUUUUCCAUGUCACUGUGAAGGAAGACCUGCAGACAAACAGACCUGUAGCCAUGAGCCAGACAGCUGAGGAGCUUUUAAUCAUCUAUGAGACAGAGGCAGAGCAAUGGGCCACCUACCUGCAUUCAGUCUUCACUGGUCCAAUAUCAGAGUCUGGGAUCUGCUGUUAUGACAUCGCUACAGCGUCCAGCAGGCGGGAUGACUUCCUCAGGCUCGCCCAGUAUGCCUGCAAGCUCCUGAUCCUUUCCAAGGGCAUGUUGGAGGGUCUGUGCCAGAUGAGGCGCUUCUUCCUCGCCCGUGUAUUGAGCCCUUCAGCUCAUGUGGUGGUACUGCUGUGUGGGGUGGAGAGUCUGACCCCACUGCUGGAGCUGGUGCCCCUGAGCGAAGACGAGUGCUUGCAGAUCUCCAGUGAACAAGAUGCUCAUGAGUACCUGUCCACUGUAACUGAUAUUGUGAGAAAAGCCUCAGCAGCAAAUAUGAACCCUUUGGCACGUAAACCAUCAGGAUCAGAGCUAAAGGUGGAACAAAUGCAGCCAGCUGGAGCUCACAGUGUCAGAUCCAGCAUUAUGGUUGUUCCCUCCAGAGUUCCAUGUGGGAGCUCUAUGGAGGUGUUCAUUCUUUUGAAAAAUGAGGCGGCUGGCAGUAACGCUGAGGUCGAGUUCACAGGUGGAAAUCAAACGGUGAGAGUGAAGCCUGUUCGCUGGAAUGAGCGGAUCCUGUGCGUCGAUGUACCAGAUUUUCCAGCAGGGAAUGUAAGUGUGAAUGUGUAUAAUAAUGGAGUGCCACUGAGCAAAGCACAGCUGCAGUACUACAGCAAAAUGGAGGAAAUAACCUGCCUUCUGGCGAGGGCAGCAGACCCUGUGGAUUUCAUGUGUCAGGCUCUUCAGGAGUCUUCUGUGGACAAGUUGGAUCAGAAGUUGUCCUCCAUGCUGUUGGAGGGCAUGCCCACCACAGGCUUUCAGGGACUGCAGUGUGGAAACACAUCUGAAAGAGAGCUCCAUCAUGCAGAUGUACCAUCACUCCUCCACUUUGCUGCCCAGUAUGGAUUCAAGAGCGUCUCCAGCCUGCUCCUGCAGUGUCCAGGUGCUGAGCAAGCAAUGCACACAGCCAAUCGCCACGGACAGACUCCCACUGAGAUUGCCAAGAGUCACGGCCACAAGGAGCUUCAUGUCUUAUUGAAGGAAACACUGAAUAUGUUCAGCUCAGGCAAGGACAAUGGUGAUACCAGCGUGUAUGAAAUGAUGUGCACCGCAGGGACUCCCUCCACCACAGAUGCACUGAAAGAGCAAGACGGAGAUGAUGGAGAGGAGGAGGAGGAGGAAGAGGAGGAGGAAAUCUAUGCGCCACUGGGGGUAAAUGACGAAUAUGACACCAUCUUGAACUCAACAAAAGCUGUGUCUAUUGCCAACCGCCCACCUGCACCCACACCUCGGCCUGAGAGCACCCAGGUGAAGGAGGACAGAACUCCUUACAUCACUAAAGUGUUCCAAAAGAAGAAGACACCUCGGGGCGAGGCCGAUCUGUAUUCCCUUCCUACUAAACAAGCGCGUGGGCGAGAAGACAAAAUCUCCUCCACCUAUGAUGCCUUUCUGCCAAACCAGAUACACGGACCUCAGCAGCUCGCUGAGCUCCAGCAGAGGGUGAAGGCAGGUUCACUCACUGUGGACGCAUCCCUGGAGCGCUCCAGCGACUGGCAGAGGGUUCAGAAGGGCAUGGACACCAUCCAGCAGGAGAAGUUGAGUCAGCUGAGAGCCAGUAGCAUCAACACCAGAGAGGAUGAUGACAGUGUCUAUGAUAAAAUCAACAUCGUUCAUCACAAGCCAAGCGUUACAGGGAAUGAAAGUCGGAGAGGAGGCCAAGCAGUGGAGUCUGAUUUUUACAGCAAGCCACUUAAAGGACAGCAUUCAAAUUUCUUUUCGAAAGCUGACAAACGUUGAAGUUUACAGGCUCCAUCACUCCACAAGGUCUAUGUUCUUCAAUCAGGUUUAAAAUGUUCAAAUACGUAAGAUGUACUUUCAGUUGUAUUAUUGAUAAGAAAUGAAUUUUUUGAUAUAUUUCAUACUGAUUGUUCAGUUCUUAUUUCAAGUAAAUUAUAAUUUAUGUAGAAAAAAGUAUGUGUACUUUUGAAAUCUACAUUUUCAGUAACCUUUGCAUUUUGUAAAAUGCAAUCCAUAAAAAUUUCCAUGUCAGAAAUUACCU